CCAUUCAGAAGCCAUUUUGGCCGCGGUUCAGUAUUUCCCCAUGUCAGCGCUCCAGCCUGGGGGGACUGAGAGAAGCAGGAACCGGGUUUUGGCUCAGGCUGCGGUUUAAACGCGCUGUUCGGCUGCUCUGGAGCUGCUAUAUGAUAUGAAAUGCUGCGGCUGGGCGUAUCAGGGCCGGAUUCUGAGCGGGCUGGCUGAGCUCGAGCGGUGUUGCUGCUGCUGGUGGUGGUGAACUCGCCGUUGCUGAGGGUCGUUUGGUGGCGUUCCCAUGUGCUGCGACUCUUUGUGUUUUUCUUCGUAAAUGCUUUCCUUUGGAGAAGAGCUGAAAGAAAGGCAGAGCGCGGCUCGGCUCUCCCCCGCUGAAGGACUAUGUUCGCUCGCUGGCUGACCCUCGCACUGAUCCGGGGCAGUUUACUGGCAGGUCCUGGGCAAGCAGAGGUGGGCACCAGGGAGUGUGUGUAUUAUAAUGAUAACUGGCGGGCAGAGAGGACCAAUCAGAGCGGCUAUGAGAGGUGUGAGGGAGAGAAGGAUAAGCGGCAGCACUGCUACGCCUCCUGGCUCAACUCCUCCGGCACCAUCCACCUGGUCAAGAAGGGCUGUUGGCUCGAUGACUUCAAUUGUUACGACAGGCAGGAGUGUAUUGCCACAGAGGAAAGCCCACAGGUCUUUUUCUGCUGCUGUGAGGGAAACUACUGCAAUGAGAGAUUCACACACCUACCUGAGAAUAUCGCUCCUGCAGUAAAAAUCCAGCCUCCGCCAACAGGUCCGUCUCUCUUGGGGGUGCUUGUGUAUUCUCUCCUCCCGCUAGUCAUUCUCUCUUUAGCCAUGGUGCUGGCCUGCUGGACUUACCACCAGCGCAAACCGCCCUACGGCCAGGUGGACAUCAGCCAGGAUGUGGGUGUUGUACCUCCCUCUCCUCUGGUGGGUCUGAAGCCUCUGCAGUUGCUGGAGCUGAAAGCCAGGGGGCGCUUUGGGUGCGUGUGGAAAGCCCAGCUACUAAGUGAAUAUGUGGCAGUCAAGAUCUUCCCCAUUCAGGAUAAGCAGUCAUGGCAGAAUGAGAGAGACAUUUACCUGACAGAAGGACUGAGGCAUGAGAACCUGCUCCACUACAUCUCAGCCGAGAAGCGAGGAACCAACCUGCAGAUGGAGCUCUGGCUUAUUACUGAGUUCCAUGAGAGGGGCUCCCUUACGGAUUACCUGAAGGGGAAUGUAGUGAGCUGGGCAGAGUUGUGCCACAUUGCUGAGAGCAUGGCCAGAGGUUUGGCCUACUUACAUGAGGAUCUGUCCUACAGACUGGAGGGACCUAAACCUGCUAUUGCACACAGGGACUUUAAAAGUAAGAAUGUGCUGCUCAGGACAGAUUUGACUGCUAUAAUUGCAGACUUUGGUCUGGCUGUGCGCUUUGAACCCGGGAAACCACCAGGAGAUACACAUGGCCAGGUUGGAACAAGGCGCUACAUGGCUCCAGAGGUGCUAGAGGGGGCCAUUAACUUCCACAGAGAUGCAUUCCUAAGGAUAGAUAUGUAUGCUCUGGGCCUUGUGGUUUGGGAGCUACUGUCCCGAUGCACAGCUGUUGAUGGGCCUGUGGGUGAGUACCAGCUUCCUUUUGAAGAGGAGAUUGGCCAGCACCCAUCUCUUGAGGACCUGCAGGAUGUGGUGGUCCAUAAGAAGAUGAGGCCCAUCUUGAAGGAUUGCUGGUUUAAACAUCCGGGUUUGGCUCAGCUCUGCGAGACGGUGGAGGAGUGCUGGGACCAUGAUGCCGAGGCUCGUCUGUCCGCAGGAUGUGUGGAGGAGCGAAUUGCAACCAUCUCCAGGGCAAACACCACUACCACUACCACCACCAUCAACACUUCUACCUCCGAGUGCCUGGUCUCAAUGGUAACCUCAGACAGUGACUCAGAACUGCCACCCAAAGAGUCCAGCACUUGACUCUCAGCCACUGAGCCAGGAACCGGACCACUGCACCAUGGUUCUGAUACUUUCUGUAAUGUCUGGAUGGCUCUUCAAACCUCUCCAGUAAUAAUAAUAAUGAUGCUGAUGAUGAUAAUGUGAACUCUGCUGCUGUUCUGAUCUUCAUGGAUUUUUGGUUUUUAUGGACAUGAUCAGUUUUACCAGCCUCACACUACCCGUCUACUGUAUUCCUCAAUCUGGAAAGCACAAAAAAACACACAACAGGAAAGCUGACACCUCAAAAGGGCAUUCAGGUGACCACUUCAGAGUGCUGUAGCAUUAGCACACGUUACCUCAUCUGUUGUAGGUUUUUUUUUUCAUCUUUGAGGAUUUUACUUAUUUGUUUUAUUCUAACUUUAUCUGCCUUCACUCCACAAAUACCUCCAUCCAAGAGACUCCGCCUGUGAAAACCAACCACAUUCCUCACCCGUCUUGUAUACGCGGCGAUGUUGGAUCAGCCAGCCAGUCAGUGACUUGGAGAAAAUGGAGGGGAAGCUAAUGACUGUUACACGAAAACUGACCUUCCUGAUCUUUAAAAGGGGGCAAGAGAGAGCAGGAGCUUACCUCUCUUUUUACUCAGUGAUCUUUUUCUAGUUUUGUUUGUUUGUCUGUGUUUUGUGAGCGUCAGAGGUGUUCAACGAAAAGAGUGGAAUUUCUGAGAUGGUCGGCAUUUGUCUGAAACACUGGAAUUGUAAGGCAGCGGGACUGUUUGUUUUUUUUUUGUUUGUUUUUUUUUUUGGAUUCUCUUCAGUGUUAGAGCAUCAACAGCUAAAGUUUUAACUUUUUUUAGCUCAUCAUCUAAUACCUCUGAAUUUCUGAAAUUUAUAAGCCUGAAUUCAACCAUUCAGCUAUUAAAAUUUUAUGUUGUAAAACAACUGUAUGGCUUUGCCAAUGUAGGAUUCCCUGGUCUACUGUUAAAUUGAACAGAGAUGGAGCAUCUACAGGUUUCUUUUCUGAGGUGUUUGUGGCACAGAGGUAAAUUCUGUUGUGUUUUAAUGAUGGAGGGUACACUCUUGUUUAUAUUACAUUUAAAAAUUAAGGGUAUUUAGAUGGUUCCUUGAAGGAUGUGCUAAAACUUAAGUCUGGAAUUUGGACCCAGACUGAGAACUGGAUUCAUGGUACAGAUUGGAUUUUCUUUGCUAUAGAAGAACCAAUUUUGGGUUCGUAGAGAGACAUGUUUUUUUUAAACGUUGCCCUUUUUGGCCAAGGGUUGACACUAUAGUAUUCAGUUUGCUGAAUUUCCCGCUCUAACAGACCUAAUUAAAACUGGCCAUUAACAGGUUGUUAAUGGAUGGAAUUAAGUGUGUUCAGUAAAAGCACAAAACUGUGCAGAAAUUUAGCCUUACAGGCAAAUUUGGUUUGUAUUUGUAUGGCUUGUUGUGCUAACAAGGUUGACGUCAGUAACUAACCUCUUUUUGGACCUCCACACUUCCAUCACUCUGGAUUUGACAUAGUUGCUGAUUGUCAUGUUGUAAGUUAUGCAAAAGAGAAGUUAAAAUCCAAGCCAGAGUACAAAUCAGAUUUUUUUUUUUUUGUUUUGUUUGUUUUUUAUACCACUUUUAAAAUGCGACUGGAAUCUGUCUGAAUCAAUCUGAAUACAGUCUAGAUAUGCCAAAAAUUGGAUUUGGGCUGUCAGUCUGAACAUAGCCUAAUUUGGAUGUUGUGAGGAGCCUUCCAUUGAUUUAUUGAUUCCAAUUUAAAGCUUCCUCCUCACAAACGCAUUAUAAACAAUUUUCUAAUAUAUUUUUCUUUAUGGAUCCAUUAAAUGGUUCUUCUAUGGCAUCGCUCAAAGGACCAUCUGAAGAACCUUUAUAUUUUAAGUGUGUAGAUCUGUGUGCCCACAUAUUUAGCCCAAUAUGGCAGGUCCUCUCAGAGCAUACAGGAAUACAGGAAAAGGUCUGGCGUGUUUUGUGGGUCAGGUGCUAUUUAUAUAAUGAGCAAUAGCAUUGACACAUCAGGAUUAAUGAGGGUGCUUUUGGUUGUGAUCUGUUACACUACUCAGGUAAAUGCUGGUGUGUGUGUGUGUUUGUGUGUGUAUGUAUGUAUGUAUGUAUGUAUGUAACAAUAGCUGUUAACCUCACAAGUGUCUCGUGAGUAUAGCUAGCUUUUAAUCUCACAGCUCUUAGCAAUAGACCUCAGCAGUAGAAAUCUUCUCUGAAUGCUCAGAUUUCAUGUCUGUGUCGUAUGCAAUGACUCAAUGCCAUUUAGCAAAGACUGAAUGUCCAUCGAGCUGCUGUGUACUCAGUGAAGGCACUCUGUGCUUUAUUUUAACUCGCUGUUCCUUCAAAUUGAACUAGUUGUAGGAAAGGUGGAAGGUGUAUUGAAACGAGUGGUUCUCAUACUGGUCCCCAUGGCCAUCUAGACUUGGGGUUGGCUGCAGGCUUUGGAGUCCAGUACAGUUCGCUGAUUUCCAUGCUCCCACAGAUCUACUAAACCUGGCAGUUACUGGUUCAGUUGUAUCAGGUGUGCUUGGGCAUGAAAAGCCAGAAAACUGUGCAGGAAUCCAGCCAUCCAGAGCCGGAAUUGUCCACCCCUGCUUUAGAAAGUUCACACUUUUGCCCUGUACCUUUUGUUUUUGGGGUUUGGAUCAAGCAAAAAUGUGUAUAAUUGUAGAUGAUCUAGGCUGUGAGGACUGAAUUUGAGAAGCCCUGGAUUAAGAUCAGGUUAAAUCACUAUGAAUUGAGCAGUGUUGAGUGAUAAUUGAUUGUUUGAUUGAACAUGUUCCGCCCACAAAUGCUGUUUUAUUUCGAAACCUUUGAUGUACGUUUUUGCAAAAGUUUAGUUUUACAUUUG